GCUGGGAGCCCGGCGCGCCGAGAAUGCAGCCGCCGCGCCGGAGCCUCGGAGACUGGGUGCGCGGGAUGAGCCUCACCCGGAAAAAAGGCUUCUACAAGCAGGACGUCAACAAAACUGCCUGGGAGCUGCCCAAGACCUACGUGUCGCCGACGCACGUAGGCAGCGGGGCCUAUGGCUCCGUGUGCAUGUGUCUGGCCCUGGUGGAGCGCCCCUCUCUCCGUGUCCGCCUCGCUCCCCCCAUCGUGCUUUCCUCUGCUCCCCCACAUUCCCCUUGCUGCGCCAUCGACAAGCGGUCAGGGGAGAAGGUAGCCAUCAAGAAGCUGAGCCGGCCCUUUCAGUCGGAGAUCUUCGCCAAGCGGGCCUACCGGGAGCUGCUGCUGCUGAAACACAUGCAGCAUGAGAACGUCAUCGGGCUCCUGGAUGUCUUCACCCCAGCCUCCUCCCUGCGCAACUUCCAUGACUUCUACUUGGUGAUGCCCUAUAUGCAGACGGAUCUGCAAAAGAUCAUGGGGAUGGAGUUCAGUGAGGACAAGAUCCAGUACCUGGUGUAUCAGAUGCUCAAGGGCCUGAAGUACAUCCACUCAGCCGGGGUCAUCCAUAGGGACCUGAAGCCGGGCAACCUAGCUGUGAACGAGGACUGUGAACUGAAGAUCCUGGAUUUUGGGCUGGCGCGGCAGGCUGACGCCGAGAUGACUGGCUACGUGGUGACCCGCUGGUACCGGGCCCCCGAGGUGAUCCUCAGCUGGAUGCACUACAACCAGACUGUGGACAUCUGGUCUGUUGGCUGUAUCAUGGCAGAGAUGCUGACAGGGAAAACUCUGUUCAAGGGGAAAGACUACCUGGACCAGCUGACCCAAAUCCUGAAAGUGACUGGGGUGCCAGGCGCAGAGUUCGUGCAGAAACUCAACGACAAAGCAGCCAAAGCCUACAUCCAGGCCCUGCCACAGAGCCCCAAGAAGGAUUUCUCCCAGCAAUUCCCACGCGCCAGCCCCCAGGCCACAGACCUGCUGGAGAAGAUGCUGGAACUGGAUGUGGACAAACGCCUGACGGCCUCUCAGGCCCUCGCCCACCCUUUCUUUGAACCCUUCCGGGACCCUGAGGAGGAGACGGUGGCCCAGCAGCCAUUUGACGACUCCUUAGAACACAAGAAACUCACAGUGGACGAAUGGAAGCAGCACAUCUACAAGGAGAUCAUGAGCUUCAGCCCCAUUGCCCGGAAGGAUUCGCGCCGGCGGAGUGGCAUGAAGCUGCAGUGACUCGUCCAGCUGGACCCUGGCUGAGCCCGGGCGCUGCCAUGUGGGGCCCCUGCAGGCACCGCCCCAGGACCAGUGGUUAUUUGCCACAACUAAAGUCGAUCCUUCUCAGAAUAUAGCCUUCCAAGCAGAGGACAGAAGCCCUGAUCCUUGCGUGGGAAAUAGUCUUAGUGGAUGCAGAAUUCAAAGGUGUUGGUUGGGGACAAAUAGCUCUGAUCAUAACCAGCAGCAAUAAAAUGCCCCUCUG